GCCAAUAAAAGUCCCUAUAAAAGGUUCCAGUUCCAGUCGAAUCAAUUACAGUUCACCAAAAUGAAGCCAACUCUUGCCGUAACAAUCGUCGUCGCGCUCUCAGCAUUCGCGCUGAUGAGCAUCUGUGAAGCAAGGACUUUGGAGAAUGCAGGUCCAACCUUCGCCAAGCGAGCUGAAAUUGUUCAAACAUUGAAACUGAAGUCGGAUGAUGGAGCUCUCGGUCUUGGUCGAAAGGACAUCAACUGGCCUAAAAUAAUUGCCACGAUUGUUGAAGCAAUCCUUGGAAAAGCUAAGGAGCUCCAGAAAAUAAAACAACAAAAGCCAUCGCGAGUUCCAACGCGAAAGCCAAAGUCAAAGCCAUUUAAAGGGGUCGUUCCUCUGCUUCCUCUAGAUCAAUUGGAUCUCGACUAAGUGAGUAAAAAUAAUAUCUUAAAUGCUUAAAAAUAGGCGAAUAAGGGUGCAGUAAAACAAUUGGUGAGAAUAAAUUUUGAAUAAUAAAAAUAUUACGAAAUUCGAA